AUGGAUUACAUCGCAUCCACCAUCUCAUUCGACCAAAUCGAUGAGCUGUUCCAGUUCUCCACCCUGCCCUACCAGGAACACCGGGUAGAUGAGCUUGAUGGAAUCAAUUUCGCUCCUUUGCUGCCCAGCCAGAACGUUCUUGCCACUGCAGACCUCCUUAGCGGCCCGCCAUCGGUCAAACCUCAAGCAGCCCCUCGGUGCAUAGCCUCAGCGGACCAGAACCCUUCCAAGAGCAGUGAGAAGAGGAAGAUCAUGCGCAGGGACAUCGAGAGGCAGAGGCGGCAGGAAAUGGCUUCCCUCUACCAGUCUCUAAGAUCCCAUCUCCCACUCAAAUUACUUAAGGGAAGGAGAUCCGCAUCCGAUCACAUUCAUCAGGCAGUUGGCUACAUUAAAAAUCUCCAGAACAAGGUCCAACAACUGAGUGACAAGAGGGAUGAGCUGAAAAGAGUGUCAGAUUCGAACAAGAUGCAUGAUCCUAACACCAAUAAACAAGCACAUCCUCGAAGAGGUUAUCAGGACAUUGUGACGAUCGAACCUUGCUCUAGAGGAAUAAAAAUUACUAUAAGUACAGAUUCGAGAAGAUGGGUUGCUCUCUUGAAGGUGCUUGGUUUCUUGACUCAAGAAGGGAUGAAUGUAAUUAGCUGCACAUCAGCUAAAGUAAAUGAGAGUUUACUUCACUCUAUCAACUCUGAGGUUAUCCGUGAUGAUGGGAACCAAACGGAUAAUUUGAACGAGUUGAAGGAGAAGUUGAUGAACUUACUGCAUGAACUUUAGAAUUUUUUCUUGGUUUUGGAUUGGUUCUUUAAUUGUACCCAUGAUUGGUGUGACAAUUUUGCACACAAUCAUGUUGCAUUUCACAUAUCACAUUUUACAUGCAUUUCUGUACAUAAUUAACUGUUUGUAAUUCGUACCGAGUUGCGUUUCUGCAUAAUUCUUCCAAUUCAGAAUUGGU